AUGGCUUUGCCACAAGAGGUUGUGGAGGAGAUACUGCUCAAGCUGCCCUACUCGUCGCUCUUGGCUGCCAAGUGCGUUUGCAAGGCGUGGAAAGCAGCGAUGGACAGCUCCAGCUUCAAGAGCAGCUACAGGGACAGUGCUAAGUUCUUCACGAAGGACAACUGCGUCGUGGACAGCAGCGGCAAGAUGAUGCGAUGGGCGCCACGCGGUGAUGGUCCGCAGCCAGACUGCCUGUGCACGGUCUCGGAGGACAAGCGUUUCAUGCUGGCUCGCUCCACACUCCAGAGGAGGCUGUACCUUGGGAAUCCUUUCCUCAACCAGUGGGAAGAGAUUCCGUUCGUGCUUUCGAGUGACUGGUCCAGGGCUUGCAUCUUCAACAGCAAGAUCGUGGUGUGGGACUUGGAAGUUUUCACCUUCACACGCAGGGACAAGGAUUGGUUCAGAUUGGAAGAAGCCAAAUACUUGCUCUAUCUAGUGAAUGCUAGUGCCCGCGAGCCUAAGGUCCAGAUCUUGGAGUUUGAUUUGAAAGUCGAAGAGUUUAACUUGAAACGUGGUGUGGUGAGCGAGUAUGUGAUCGAUUCUGGUGAUCUCAGGUUCACUGGUCAAGCUGGGAACUACCUGAGUUUUUGCUCCCACAAGAUGAAGACCUACGUCUCCUACGACAUGGAUGCCGGGACUUGGGACAAGAACAUCUACCGGCCUUUCUCGACAAUUCUGCAAAUACAGAUAUCGCUUGAUUGGUCCAAUGCAUGUUUACGAUUAUUUCUUAUGCAUGUCUCACCAUCCUUGAUGUUUGUUCCACCCCAGGAACUCGUGCUGCUUGUGCGCAAAGUUCUUCACGCAGUGCCUGGUUCUUUGAGACCUUGA